ACCUCUCUCCAUUUUGGUUUCCUUCUCUCUCUCAUCAGAUCUGAGAAUUUUUUUGAGAUUUUGCUCUUCUUCUUCUUCAAUGGCGGUUUCUUCUUUCUCCAUAUGUUUCAAAUCCACUCGAUUUCACUCAGUUCGAUCUACUUCAUCUCCUUGGCGUCUCUUCCCAGUAGUAACCAGCUUCUCCCUUCGACCUCUCCUUCUCUCCCAAAGACGAUCUCUCCUAUCUUCUUUUAAUAACUCUUCUCACUUUCGUCUCUCACCUCUCUGCGCCCGUGAUUCUCUAGCAGCUGAAGUUACAGGACGGUCGUGGGAAGACUCAGUCUUGAAAAGUGAAACGCCGGUGCUAGUAGAAUUCUACACGAGUUGGUGUGGUCCAUGUCGGAUGGUACACAGGCUAAUAGACGAAAUAGCAGGGGAUUAUGCCGGAAAACUAAACUGCUAUGUCUUGAAUGCAGACAGUGAUUUGUUGGUAGCUGAAGAGUACGAGAUCAAAGCUGUGCCAGUAGUUCUGCUCUUCAAGAACGGUGAGAAACGAGAGUCCAUCAUGGGUACAAUGCCCAAAGAGUUCUACAUUUCAGCCAUUGAAAGAGUCUUGAACUCAUGAAGAAGGUUAAAAUCGUUGAUGAGAAACUCUCUUCACUGCCAACUUUGAUCAAAAGAUAUUGUUGGGAUAUUACAAAUCGCUCCAUUUCGAUAUGGUUAAUAUCUCGCUGAGACUCAUUUAUUGCUCUUAGGCUUUUUUCUUAUGGUUGAACCUCUAUCUUUUCUUUGUUUCUUCUUUUAUACUCUUGUGAAUAUAACUGUUGGAUUUGUGGAAAGAUGGCUCAGGAAGUAUUGUGAAUAUGUAUAUCUUCCUUCUUCUGUUGAUGAUCUUAUUGUUCUGAAUUUUCUUUUCGUUUGAAUUUGAGUGAUCUCAGACUAUUUUUGGUA